AUGAGUGGGGGUGGAGAAGAGGAAGGGACGACGUUAGAGUUCACCCCAACUUGGGUGGUGGCCGCCGUAUGCACCGUCAUCGUCGGCAUCUCCCUCGCAGCCGAGCGCCUCCUCCACUAUGCCGGCAAGUAUUUGAAAAAGAAGAACCAGAAGCCCCUCUAUGAAGCUUUACUGAAAGUUAAAGAAGAAUUGAUGCUGUUGGGGUUUAUAUCACUGGUGAUGACCGCGUUUCAAAGCAGUAUAGUCAAGAUCUGCGUGCCCGAAGACAUAAUGAAACAUCUUCUCCCGUGCUCACUGCCGUCUGAAUCAUCUUCUAAUGGAGAAGAAUCCUCUCCAACGAGUCCAGAGGCAAGUGCGCAUCAUCGGCGAUUGCUGGCCGAAGCAUCCGCUGGCCUAGGUUACUGCCCUGCUAAGCACAAGGUCCCACUGUUAUCUCUUGAAGCAUUACAUCAUCUGCACAUCUUUAUCUUUGUCCUUGCGAUUGUGCAUGUGACAUUUUCUUUUCUCACUGUUGUAUUUGGAGUGGCAAAGAUUCGCCAAUUGAAGCAUUGGGAGGACUGUAUUGCUAAAGUUAAUUAUGAUACUCAACAAGUUCUUAAGCCAAGGGUCACCAACGUUCAGCAACAUGAUUUCAUCAAGAAGAGAUUUUUGGGCAUGGGUAGACUUUCAGCCCUGUUGAGUUGGGUGCAUUCUUUUUUAAAGCAAUUUUAUGGAUCUGUCACCAAGUCAGACUAUGUAGCACUCCGUCUGGGUUUCAUUAUGACACAUUGCAAAGGAAACCCAAAGUUUAAUUUUCACAAGUACAUGAUACGCGCUCUGGAAGACGACUUUAAGAAAGUCGUUGGGAUAAGUUGGUACUUGUGGGUAUUUGUCGUCCUCUUCUUGUUGGCGAAUAUCAACGGUUGGCAUACAUAUUUUUGGAUCGCAUUCUUUCCUUUUAUUCUUCUACUUGCUGUCGGCACCAAGUUGGAGCAUGUGAUUAUCCAGUUGGCUCAUGAGGUUGCUGAGAAACACGCGUUCAUUGAGGGCGAUUUGGUUGUGCAGCCUUCGGACAAUCAUUUUUGGUUCCAUCGACCCCACAUCAUUCUUUUCUUGAUUCACUUCAUUCUCUUCCAAAAUGCUUUCGAAAUAGCAUUCUUCUUCUGGAUAUGGGUUCAAUAUGGUUUCGACUCUUGCAUUAUGGGACAAGUUCGAUAUAUUGUUCCUCGGCUUAUCAUUGGUGUAUUUAUUCAGGUAGUUUGCAGCUAUAGCACGUUACCACUCUAUGCUCUCGUCACACAGAUGGGAACGCAUUUCAAGAAGUCUAUAUUUGAUGAGCACGUGCAAGUUGGCCUUGUUGAUUGGGCGCAGAAGGUGAAAAAGAAGAGAGGGUUGAAGGCUGCACUUGGUGGCUCUGCUGCUCAAGGUGGUUCGACUCAAGGAGGUUCGUCUGAAGGUACUUCUACUUCGGUAAUACAGAUGGGACAAUUGGGGCACAAGGAGACUACGACCCUUGAGGCCCCACCUGCUAAUAAUUCUUGA